GUGAUUUCCGACUGAAAUGUAAACAAACAAAUCGUCACCAAUAAAAAAAGUUAAAAAAUCACCAAAAAUUAAGCCGAAACUCCGAUGUUACGCCAACAGUGAAUGUAAAAUAUGAAAUUUAUCAACGUGUCCGAUGUACUUAGGAAGUUAAAACGUACCGAUGGCGCGUCACGUCGCUUAUUCUUCGGAUUAUUCGGUGUAGCCAUAUUUUUGCUUUACUUCGGCCCUUCCGUUUUGCGAUGGAUCUUCUCGUCAUCCAGUCGUGUGAACAUUCAUGAUCCCCUUUUGCGGUGUAUUGACGAUCGACUUACUCCUUAUUAUUCGCUUUUUCACGAUAACGACGCGUACAUCCAUUACCCAAAGACAGAGCAUUCGCCGACAGAACAUUCCUUCAUCCCGUAUGUCGGCAACGGAUUUUUUGGCUUGACCAUCGAGAAAGAUGCCCAUUUGACGAUAAAACAAGGACGAAGUCUCGAACUCGACGUGAAUUUCCAUCCGGUAGUGUCAGUGCUGCCGAAAAAUAACAAAGAAAAUCACGAGGAAACUUUUGUGACGGAUUAUUACAAAGGAAUUGUCAAGAGAUUUACCUGUUAUCGCGGUUUUUAUGCGAAUUUCGAGUAUUAUGCGCAUCGAAAUUUCAAGGAACUCUUUUUGCAAAGUAUUGUCAUCACGAAUACUUUGAACGACGUGAUCGAUGUAGAGCUCGUGUUACCUCGCGUGUCAGAUUGGACCGCCAAUAAGAACAUUAUUAAGCUUCAGGCGGGGGCUUAUGCGCAAGAUUUUCAAGUGAUGACUGGCAUGAUUGACAUUCCGAACACCAAAAAGUCGAAAAUUGUCUCGAUCGUGUAUCGGAAUGUGCCUCGGAUUCUCACACUGAAGAAACGGGGAGUCACCAAAGUUGAUCUCUUCACGACAAUUUCAUAUUCGGACCCCAUCGACAAGGCCCAGUACAACCACUUGAAGGACCCAAUCGAGAAAGACGCCGUCGAAAAGAUGAAAAACGUGCUGGAGGAAUUUUAUCAAAGUGAAUCAAGUGAAUUUACCUUUAAACGAUCGCACACGGAUGUCUGGAAAAACAUUUGGUUCACGGGAUUUCAAAUUUCGCCGUCAAAAGCGGAAAAUGCCCUCAACGGAGACCGCAUUAACCACACGAUGUACAUUAUUUUGUCGCAGGUGAGGGCAUUCGAGUCGGAACAAUCGAUCACGCCCGUGAAGAGACAAGAAAUUUUCAACGCUUUGUCGUACAGCGAAAAUUGUUAUGCCCAUUAUCCGACCUUGCAAGCGGAAAAUUUGUGGAAAAGUCUCACCUCGUUGGAAGAAAUCAACAAUUUGGUUCGUAUUUGGUUGUUAACACUCGAAAAAAAUGGUUGUCAUAAUCUGUUGAAGGCUGGCGCCUCUGGUUUGAUUCAAGCAAUGGUCCUCAGUUUCGGUGGUUUUCGUUUUAGCAACAACCAUCUUGAAUUUAACAUCCAUCCAAAGCAUUUGCAUCGCGAUUAUCACUUCCGUCGCUUGAAUUACGGCAACUUGACGCACGUAAAUGUCUCGGUUUCCGUCAAUUCCGAGAACAAAGCGGUACUUUUCGUGUCUGUGGAUCGUGCAGAGGAUAAAUUACCGUAUUACGCAUGUGAUGGCGGAUGCUUAGACGAACCAGUUCCAUUGACGCACACUCCCAAAGAGAUGCCAGUUAAGCUAACGGAGCCAUUGACGUCGUUGCUGUACAUUGCAACCGAUAAGGAUCACAUUGAUGACUUGAAACAUGCGUUGCAUGUGAAGGAAAUUAUUGAAGCUCCUGCUCACCAAUCUCACAUUUUGAAUCUACAUAAACACGGACACAGUAAUUUGGGAGGACUACCGACGCUGUUUUGGUUCUCCAUUUGUGCAAUCAUCCUAAUUUUCCACGUUUUUCUCUUUAGACUUAUCAUUAAGGAGUAUUGCGGCGAUGGAGGCAGUGAAAAAAUCAAAUAUCGUUAUUUGAAACCGUAAAAAAUUAUGUUUCCAUGCCGUUUUCCCCUUUGUUGAGUGAUAGAAAGUACUAAUAAACUAAUAACAAUAAAUAAUUUAAUGAAUAAAAUUAUAAAUAAAUACAUACGAGAAUUAAAUUAAAA